AUGAACGCCGACGCCCUCCUCUCGCUCUCGACGCACGGUACGACACCCGUAACGCCCGCGGACUCCCGACACGAGCUCCUCCACGAACACCCACGGUUCUUCUACGAAGAUGGCAACGUCGAGUUCCAGGUCGAGAACACGCUCUACAAACUCCACCGUUUCUUCUUCUCUCACUACUCCCCCUGGUUCCGCUCGCGCUUCUCCCAACCCGAAUCCGAAUCCGCGUCCGAGCCCGGUCUGCCUCCAGGCUGGGAAUGUGUUGACGGUCCGGAUGGCGUACUGGUCUAUGUGAACUAUGAGGAGAGGAAGAUGCAGUUUGAGCCGCCUACGCCUGUUGAGGUUGGGGAUAUCGAUUCGGACGUGAUUGUGUUGGAGGAUAUCAAGACGGCCGAGUUCGAUGCGUUGCUGUCUAUCUUCUACCCCGAAGACCUCGACCUCGGCGACCUCUCCACGGCCUCCGAAUGGUCCUCCGUCCUCCGCCUCUCAACCCUCUACACAUUCAGCACCCUAACGACCCGCGCCUACCGCGAACUCUCGCCCCUAAUCACCCCCCUCGAGCGUCUGAUUCUCGCACGGCAAUACGAUCACGAGCCCUGGGUAGACGAGGCACUGCGCGGGCUUAUAUUGCGCGAAGAGCCGCUGAGGGCGGAGGAGAUGAGGAGGAUGGGGUACGAGGAUAUUGCGUUUGUUGUUGCUGCGAGGGAGGGCGUGAGGGGUGGGGCCGUUGACGUUGAACAUGCGAGCGAGAGGGUGGAGGAGUAUCUUGCGCGGAGAAGGUACACCGAAUCGAGCUCGAGCGGGACGAUCGAGGAGACCUCGCGGUCGAGCUCCGAGAUGGGCGGCGAGGCUGAAGAGGCGGAGGUUGUUGAGGAUGGCGAUGAAGGUGUUGGUGUGUUGCUUGUAGCGCAGGAGACGGGCGGUGGACCGUCGCGUGAGAAAGAUGAGCUCGAGGAUGAGGUACAUUCGCAAGAGGAAGUUGUUGAAGAGGUGCCCGAGACCGCGAGCGAGCCGAAGGAGGAUGUUGAACCAGGGCCCGAAGAAGCAACAGGGCCGGCCGCUAAUGCAGACCCCGAGGACGUGGAACCACCCGUACAUGAGCCAGCUCUCAGAAGACGCUCGACAGUCUCUCCCAUCCCAGAGGAAUCGCGCACGAGCAGCGCAUCCCUUCCGGUAGAAGAGCCCGCGCCGUUGUCUGCCUCCCCGGAGCUCGUGCCUAUCCCGCUCGAAUAUGUCCCUCUACCGUCCUCCGUCCGCUCGGGCACUCCUUCACCAGAAGAAGUUGUCCGACCUGAGAGCGCCGCAGCUGUGGCUCUUGAGAUCGAAGAUCCUGCUACGUCGACCUAUGAACAUUCCUCGCUACUGGCUGACGAUGACGUGCAAGACGCGACGCAGGAUCCCGCUCCCGUUCCAGAGGAGACUCAGAAGCCCGCCACGCCCCCACCUCCACCCGCCGAAGAACCCUCAAAGCCCUCCACGCCGCCUCCAGUCGACGAAGAGCCCACGUCCGUACCCGUACCAGAGCAGGUCGACCCUCGCGUCCAAGCCGAGGAAGACAAGAAGCGCCGCGAGGAGGACGAGGCCAAAGCUCGUGAAGACGCGAUAUGGGCUGAGUUCGAGCGGGAGACCAAGAUGCGCGACGAGACUGCCAAAGCUUUAGCAGAAGAACGCGAGAAAGCCAACGCCACCCCUCCUCCAUCUCGACCCAGCCUCUGGGGCGCCCUCUCCCGCUCCCCAAGCGCAGCCAUAACCGAAACGUCCGCCGUAGCCGCCUCAUUCGUCCCCCGCCCGCCAACUUCGAGGUCCUCCUCAAUGUCGCUCUCAUUCUCCGGUACAACACCCGGUGCACCGAGUCUCUGGAGCCGCUUCUCAUAUCUCGGCGCGAAACCCCCGUCGCGUUCGUCGUCGCCUGCUCGUCGGGGUUCGGUGUCAAGCGUGAAUCCGAUGCCCGUGAAUGGGAACGGGAACGGGAACGGGCAUGGGAGUGGGUCGAGGUCUUCGUCGUUGGCGAGGACGGAGGUGGGGAGCCCGCCUAAUGUUGCUGAUCUUCAUGAUGCUUUGCAGGAUCGCGCUGUGACUGCUGGUAUCUGA